GGCGCGGCACUGCCUUCCCCUUUGCGUCGCCCGUCCAGCCACGGAGACCCCUCGCUGCUCCUGAAUGUUCCCCCAGACUUCAUCUUUCACGUCGUUUCUCCCCUCACCACCCGGCCUGCUGCAACGGCCGUCCUCUCUCCUCUUCUUGCCGCUCCUUCUUGCCUGUUACUGAAUAAUACAAUCCAUUUCCGACCAGACCUCACUCGUCCACACUCCAAUCCACCUGUUAAGGUCGCUGGGCGGCCUCUCACUAUACAAGAACAAGAAUAAGAACUCGAGGUACCGCCGCCUUCGGAGAUCGAGUGCAUCGUCGCUUUAAACUGCCCGUCUCCAAGUCCUCUGCGACAUCCCCGCCACUUCUCUCCGCAGUUCAACUAUCAGAUCCAGUGCGUGUCCGAUGUGGUCUCUCAGGCGAGUAGUCUCGGAGCCGUACAUAUCUCGAUUCACAUAGGCGACGUCGCCUCAGCCUCACUAUGUGGCUGUAUAGAGGCGUGCAGUCGGCCGUCUUCUAUUAUGCCAGUUGUACUCCCUGUGCGGGCGCCAUCGACCGUCGAAAACGGAAGAAGGAUGCAGUACGAUCCCGACGUCAGAAGGCGAAGGAUGCUGCUCUAGUGACGGACCAGCCGCGGCCAUUUGCUCAACCUACGCCGUUUAGUACGAACGAAGGAUGGAAGGAGGAGAUUGCCCUGGGGCCCGGCCCACCAGCCAGGAGGGGAGGGAACCGUGCUGGCAAUAACCGUUCUCACAGUCGGCAAACAGAGCGGGAGUCUAACGACGCCGCGGCAGACUCCAGUACAAGUCUAGGGUACGAGUCACCGCACAGGAGGGGAGGAAUUGGUGAGCGAUGGAAUUGGAUGCACCAUCAGAGAGAAGACGAGCCUCUUUGGGGGCAAGAGGCCAAGGGCUCAUCCGUUGGUAUAUCGGGACGAGGUAGAUCAGAUACAAACGCUUCAGGUAAAUACUACGCGCCGCGAGCUCCUCCCGUGAAUGAUCUUCACCCUCCAAUUGUCAGCGGACCUACCAGUCGUGCAGAGACGAGAUGGAUGUUGCAGCCACUUCCCAGUGCAAAGGUCAUGGCUGGAAAGGCAGGUUCAGAUGCGUCUACUCGUGGGAGCCACGGUGGCAGUCAGAAGAAGCGCGUGAAUGUGAGACCCCCCGGGGCUCUCGCAGACAGCGACGAUGAGGACGAUAUCCAGGACGAGCAUUCGACGCCUGCCGAUGGACGACCUGGCUGGCUUCGUAGCCGGUCAGCCAACUCUAAGAGGACCUCUCCCGACAAGAGUUACAGGCUACCUCCACUCACGACAUCUGAAAACCAGUCUUCUAUAAAAGAUUACGCUGCUGAGAGUGUCAAGCUUACGACUCGAUCCCCACUAGCUGCCUCAGCAACUCACACAGGAGUGCCUACCCAAAGUCGGAAGAGUGCUGAGUCUCAGCGUCUCAACACUGCCUCCUCAUCUAUAUACUCCGUAUCAUCAUCACCUUCUUUGCUCUCGUCCCAUGCUGACUCUGCGGAUGCAUCAUCGCCCUACCUGCAAUACGGUCCGCCUGAAACGCCGCGGUCACGGCCAGGUUCCAAGGAGACCGGUCUUAGUGACAAGGCAUUCUCGAACCCAAUGUCCAUUACGCGGCAGGAUUUUAAGGAUAUCCAGACCGUGCAUUUAGAAAUCAACGGAGAAGGCAACAUUCUGCAAGAGCCUGAUCAGGUCCAACAAAUGCGUCCUUUUCGAUGGAGCAUGGACCUAUGAUCGGACAUAAGCCAGCCAGUGUGCUAGAAAUCCGUACAACUUAUCUCACCCCUCUUCUGGGCCUCGACGCACAGCGUAUGAAGAUCCCGCCUCCAUUCGCGGGUACGCUCGCAUUCGAGACGGGACGGCCGCCUUGAGGAUUUGCGUCUGGGGCCUGGCUGGACCAGCGCGCCCGGCAUCUUUGACAUUGAGCCUCCUAUAUGCGAACCGUCCGCUGAGGCUGAUGCAGACGCGGGUCUUUGACCAUU